AUGUCGGCUACUAGCAACAGAGAAGAUGAGAGCGCCACUAUCCGGGAAGAAGAAGGCCCGACUGGGAGUCUGCCUUCGAGAAUGCGACCCAGUCUGUCGACUACGCAAGGCCUCCAAAACGUGCAGAAUAUCGUAGACCAAGCGGCUAACCGACUUGGGGGGAACAACUCUAGUACUGGUGUCGAGCCACCCGCGGACGCUUUGGGCUCCAAGGUUCCUGCGACCUUCACUACGGAAGAGUUGGGCCCGAUGAUGACCCUGGACGGCGGCGGUGGCCGAGUUAUGCUUCGCUGGUGCAUUUACAUCCAACAAGGCCAGCCAUCACCGCACCACCUGCUCAUGGACGUUUUCGCUCUCCAUCCCCCCAACGGCAGAUCGAUGAGUGACGAAAUCGUUGGUACUGUCAUCCAGCGUAUUCAGCCAGCAAAAGUCUUCAUGCACCAGCACCAAGUGCCAUGCAGUUUUAACUUCCCAUUAAACCUAGACGAACAAGUUGUCGUCGAUACACGCUCCAAGAAUACCGAGACUGAAACAGCUAAAGUCUAUAUAUCAACGGGAGCUCUCAACAACAAGAACCGUCGUCAAAAGUACCGCCGAGUUAUACAGGCGCGAAGCAGGUUGAAGAAACAGCGGAUUAAUGUCACGAUGCUGGGACACUCGAACAAGAUGGCAGGUGGAGGUGCCGUAGUCGCUGUCGUUGUCAGUAUGAUAUGGUUCGGUGUCAACAAAGCUCCAGCAAAUACUCGACCCACGUCGAUCAAGCUACUCAGCAAUCGGAGCACUGGUGUCAACAUGUACGAUUGGUUCUCCCAUAUCCGAUUGGCUUUGGAUUCUUGCUACGCAGCCGACGGUGCUGUCCCAGUCGAAGUACACCGAUCCGCGCAUGACGAGGCGUUGAUUCAAAAGCUUGCAGCCAAGCGACGACCAAUUGCCCCCUUCGAUACCUCCUCGUCCAUCACUAUUCAAGUGCGGAAACACUGUACGCAUGGUUCUUUCAGAAACGGUAACGCUGGUAGUAGUGACCGCGGUCAGCGAUUGACCAGUGGCAGACUUCUCAAGUCUUUCGACUUCGACGUAGACGUCGUCGAAGUAAUCCGAAAACAGUCUCCAUUUCGCAAGUAUGGACUCAACGCCACACUGACGCCCAUUCACCACAUUUGA